CCUGUUUGGAUUCAGUCUGUCGGUGAGCUCGUACCGGACAGGAUCAUGGAGGAGACCGAGGAGUGUGUGCCGGUGAUCGUGGAGGGGGUCUGGAGUGCGGCUCAGACUAAAACUGUGAAGAACAAACUGCAGCUUUACUUCCACAGUAAGAAGAAGUCCGGCGGAGGAGAGUGCCGGGUGGAGGCGGAGGAAGGAGCCCCGCGAGCGGCAGUUUACUUCAGAGGAGAGGACGUGAGAGAGAGAGUCCUCGCUCGUAAAAACCAUGAAAUCACUGUGGACAAUCAAGCUGUGACGUUACGUCUGAGCUCUGCACCGAGUCCAGCGGAUGACGCUGAUGUCUCAGAUUCAGCGACAGAUUCAAAGAUGCCAGAAUCAGAAGUUGAGCCUGGAGAUGGAGCUUCUGCAGAGAAACAAGACGAGUCCAUUCAGAGCUUCUCUGUGGUUUUGGACAAUGUUGGGUCCAACAUGUCUAGAGAUCUGCUGAUGAUGCUGGUGGAGACCAUCUCAGGUUUGGAUGACAGUUUUUACAGUCUGGAGAUCAUCCUGGAGAGCAACAGAGCUGUGGUCACCUUUAAAAGCCCCGCAGAUGUGGAGAAGUUUCUCACUGUGAGUCAGACCAGCCAGAAGCUGCAGAAACGUAAACUGACCGCCUGGAAGUUAGAGGAAGCAAAGAGCGUCCGAGUGGAGAGUCUUCCUUCUGCUGUGGUUGAAGACCUGUUGGAGCUGUUCUUUGAGAAGAACUGGGCUCUGCCAGAGAACAUCACCAUGGUCCCAGAUGAAGAGGCUGCCAUUGUCACUUUUGUUGACCCCAAAGUUGUGAAAAACAUUUGCAUCAAACAAGACUACAUGAUUGGAUCCACUCCUGUCAAGGUGUAUCCAUACUACGAGUCCCUUGGCACCGCCCUUUAUGGAAAAGAACGACCAACAUGGAAGAUGCCUGAGCCUUUCACAGAGGGUGUUCAUCCCGUCAUCUGUCAUCCGUCAUCAAACUCCCAGAAGUUAACCAUUACAGGGCUCUCUGCAGCGGUUUCCAAGACUAAGGCAUGGAUCUUGGAGCGAAAGUUGCUGGUUAUUAUUUGUCUCCUCUCAGAGUGCAUUCAGAGCUUCUCUGUGGUUUUGGACAAUGUUGGGUCCAACAUGUCUAGAGAUCUGCUGCUGAUGCUGGUGGAGACCAUCUCAGGUUUGGACGACAGUUUUUACAGUCUGGAGAUCAUCCUGGAGAGCAACAGAGCUGUGGUCACCUUUAAAAGCCCCGCAGAUGUGGAGAAGUUUCUCACUGUGAGUCAGACCAGCCAGAAGCUGCAGAAACACAAACUGACCGCCUGGAAGUUAGAGGAAACAAAGAGCGUCCGAGUGGAGAGUCUUCCUUCUGCUGUGGUUGAAGACCUGUUGGAGCUGUUCUUUGAGAAGAACUGGGCUCUGCCAGAGAACAUCACCAUGGUCCCAGAUGAAGAGGCUGCCAUUGUCACUUUCGUUGACCCCAAAGUUGUGAAAAACAUUUGCAUCAAACAAGACUACAUGAUUGGAUCCACUCCUGUCAAGGUGUAUCCAUACUACGAGUCCCUUGGCACCGCCCUUUAUGGAAAAGAACGACCAACAUGGAAAAUGCCUGAGCCUUUCACAGAGGGUGUUCAUCCCGUCAUCUGUCAUCCGUCAUCAAACUCCCAGAAGUUAACCAUUACAGGGCUCUCUGCAGCAGUUUCCAAGACUAAGGCAUGGAUCUUGGAGCGAAAUAGUCCAACGAGUGACGAUGAUGUCCCAGAGUGCAUUCAGAGCUUCUCUGUGGUUUUGGACAAUGUUGGGUCCAACAUGUCUAGAGAUCUGCUGCUGAUGCUGGUGGAGACCAUCUCAGGUUUGGACGACAGUUUUUACAGUCUGGAGAUCAUCCUGGAGAGCAACAGAGCUGUGGUCACCUUUAAAAGCCCCGCAGAUGUGGAGAAGUUUCUCACUGUGAGUCAGACCAGCCAGAAGCUGCAGAAACACAAACUGACCGCCUGGAAGUUAGAGGAAACAAAGAGCGUCCGAGUGGAGAGUCUUCCUUCUGCUGUGAUUGAAGACCUGUUGGAGCUGUUCUUUGAGAAGAACUGGGCUCUGCCAGAGAACAUCACCAUGGUCCCAGAUGAAGAGGCUGCCAUUGUCACUUUCGUUGACCCCAAAGUUGUGAAAAACAUUUGCAUCAAACAAGACUACAUGAUUGGAUCCACUCCUGUCAAGGUGUAUCCAUACUACGAGUCCCUUGGCACCGCCCUUUAUGGAAAAGAACGACCAACAUGGAAGAUGCCUGAGCCUUUCACAGAGGGUGUUCAUCCCGUCAUCUGGAAGUUUCUCCAGAUGAAGAAACUGUCUAACAAAAUCAACAACCUGAUGCGUCCAUACUUCUGCAGCGUGAACAUGGAAAACCCUGAAGUGAAGCUAAGCCCUAUCCCAAAUUUUUUGAGGCAGAAAGGUCUAACCGCCCAACAAGUCGAUAUGUGGAAGAGCACUGCUCAAGACGCCUUCCGUCAGCACAUGUCUCAGUACACUGCAUUCGAAUGUACAACAAACAGACCUGCAUGGAAAGCUGCAGAGAAAGAUGUCCGUUCCAUCGUCAGGGAAGAUGCCCACCUUGUUUUGGAUGCAUCCAGGGGGGUUUUGACCGUGGCAGGGAAAGCUGACAAUGUAAAAACAUUCAGGGUGUCUGUGGAGAACAUCGUUAGUAAAGCCUUGAGUCAGAUUGAACGGCAGACAAAUGGAGUCUCUGAAGUAAUGGACUUGUCCCCUGCACUUUUCUACAUCCUGCAGCAGGAAGGAAUUCAGAAAGCUACACAGGACAUUUCCCUUGAGAUGAACCUGUCCUAUGAUAAAAACUCCCAGAAUUUAACCAUUACAGGGUUCUCUGCAGAGGUUUCCAAAACUAAGGCAUGGAUCUUGGAGAGAAAUGUGGGUAGGAGUAAAAAACAGAUAGAACUUCAUUCAGGUCUUUUAGACUUUCUCAAGACCGUGGAUCCCAUGGACAUGUCACACCAUCUGUUCACAUCCCAUGGCAUCAGUGCCAUCUUCAGUGUUGAAAGCAAGGGGGUUUUGCUGUUGGGGAGUUCUGAGGGUGCUCUUGCUGGUGCAGAGAGAAAGAUAAAUGCAAGUUUAACAGUCAUGAUGCUGGAUGUGGAAGACCAGGCAGUUCUGAAUCUUCCCAACUGGGUUGAUCUAAACCGACAGCUUUUGGACACUUACAACUCUUCAAAAAAGAAAACAGUGACCAUCCAGAUCUACCCUGGAAGACAAGAUCAAAUAACGGUGGCAGGCUUCCUGAAUCCAGUGAAAGAGGUCAGUCGUAAUCUGAGUGAAUUCAUUAAGUGCUACUCCCGAAUUGAAGAAAGAAUUCGUUUGCAGUCUGCUGUCAUUGAGUUCAUUAACAAGAAAAAAACACUAGAAUGGUCCAGCAUUGCAAAAGACAAUGAUGUGAAAGUGAAUUUGGAUCCACUAAGGCAAAGAAUCUAUAUCACUGGGGCUCGUCUCCAUGUCCAGAAAGCCAAAUCCUGCCUUGAGGAACUGACCAGUUCUCUCUUUAGUGACAACCUGAGAAUGAAUAAGCCUGGAGCAAAGAAGUAUUUCCAAUCUCAAGAAAACUGGUUUCAGGUUAGUAUAAUGUCAGAGUUCAGUUGUGUGGUGAUGCUUCAUCCAGAGAAUCAAGAGGAAGAGGAGGAAGAGAACUAUGAGGAUGAAAAUGGCUUUAUUUACUGCAAAGUGAAGACUGCCGGUGGAGUCCUGGUGUCUGUAAGCAAAGCAGACAUUUGUCAUUUUGGAGUCGACGCGGUGGUUAAUGCAGCUAAUGAGGAAUUGCAGCACAUUGGCGGCCUGGCUCUGGCGAUGCUCAAAGCUGCAGGACCAGAGCUGCAGAAAAUCAGCAACAACUAUGUCUCCAAAAAUGGAAAACUACGUCCCAGUGAUGCCAUCGUAACAAGUGCUUGUAACCUACCUUGCAAGUACAUCGUACAUGCAGUUGGUCCUCGGUUCUCUGACUACGACAAGAAGACCGCAGUCUCCCGUCUGAAGCUUGCAGUUAGAGAAAGUCUGAGAAAAGCAGUAAGUGUGAACUGCUCCACCGUUGCGCUACCAGCCAUUAGCUCAGGUCUGUUUGGCUUUCCUGUUGACCUCUGCGCUGAGACCAUAGCUGAGGCAGUGCGGGAAUACUGCGACAGUCCAGAAAGCCGAGGAUCAUUGACUGAGAUUCACUUGGUAGACAACAAUGAUAACACUGUGAGGGUCCUGGCAGCAGCUUUCAACAAAGAGUUCAGUGAUCUUGGACCAACUAUGACUAUACCACCGCAGUCAGGAGGACAAAGUUCAAGGGCUUCAGGCAGGUAUCAACGGGGCAGAGGUCGAGGUGGACAAUGGCAGUCACCAAGGGGCCAUCAGUUUAAUGAAAAAGGAGGACAAGGAUAUCAAGGAGUGAGACAAGGAUAUCAAGGAGGAGGACAAGGAUAUCAAGGAGGAGGACAAGGAUAUCAAGGAGGAGGAGGACGAGGAUAUCAAAGAGGAGGACAAGGAAAUCAAGGAGGAGGACAAGGAUAUCAAAGAGAAGAAGGAUAUCAAGGAGGAGGAGGACAAGGAUAUCAAGGAGGAGGAGAAGGAUAUCUAGGAGGAGAAGGAGGAUAUCAGGGAGGAGAAAAAGGAUAUCAAGGAGGAGGAAGAGGAGCUGGUGAGACAGGAGCUGGAUCUGAGUGGAGUCUGCAAAGUAACAGGGGUGGUCAGAGCCCCAGGGGACACGGCAAUCAUGGAGGGCCUGGGAGGAUGGAGCAGACCACAAAUGAAGGUCUGAAGAUUGCUCUCUUGGAGGGAAACAUUCAGGACCAGACUACUCACGUCAUCGUCAACACCAUCGCAGAGAACAUGAACCUGACACAGGGCGCUGUUUCCAAAGCCAUCCUGCUCUCAGCCGGGCCCGGCCUGCAGGCAGCUGUUAAGUCUGAAGCUGGCGUGUCCAUCCUGCAGUACGGAGACGUCAUCAUCACCGACAGCUUCAACCUCAUGUGUCGUAGGGUCUUUCAUGUGGUUUGCCCUGGAUGGGACAAUGGAGGCGGCCAGGCAGAAGAGACAUUGAUAACAAUCAUCAGAUAUUGUCUGGUGGAGGCUGAGAAACUCAAGAUGACAUCGCUUUCCUUCCCGGCCAUCGGUACGGGAAAUCUACGCUUCCCCAAAGACGUGGUUUCCAGAGUCCUGCUGAAGGAGAUCCACAAUUUCAGCAGCAGCAUAUCUCCUCGCCAUAUGAGAGAGGUGGCCAUCGUUGUCCACCCGAGUGACAGACAAACUGUGGAUUGUUUCACCAGAGACUUUAAAGGUCAGACAGGUCAGAGAAACUUCCAACAUGAAGCCCCGGAGUUCAGCCAUCCAGCGGGGCAAUCAUUCCGCCAAUCACUGCAGUCUUCAGCCUCCUUCGGUCAGGUGGGGUCCCCAUCUCUAGGCGUGUACCAGAUGCAGAUGGGCACUCUGACCCUCGAGGUAUCGUCUGGAGACAUCACCAAGGAGACGUGUGAUGUCAUCAUCAACGCCUCCAAUCAAACAUUUAACCUUCAAUCAGGAGUGUCCAAGGCGAUCUUAGACAGCGCUGGAAUGAGUGUUCAGAUGGAGUGCGCACAAAUAGUGAGUUCUCCUGGUUACCAACCUAGUUCAAUGAUCGUGACGUCAGCCGGGCAGCUGCCGAGCAGAAACAUCAUCCACAUCGUUGGGCUGAGCGACCCCGUGAAGAUCAAAGAAAUGGUUUACUCAGUGCUCAAGAUUUGCGAGGAAAACAAGUUCAAGUCUGUCGCCUUCCCGGCCCUGGGAACAGGUCAGGGAGGAGCCAACCCGUCGUUGGUGGCUGACGCCAUGGUGGAUGCGGUGGUCGACUUUGUGAGAAAGAAACGCCCGAAGUCAGUUCAGAGCGUGAAGAUCCUGAUCUUCCAGACAUUCAUGGUGAUGGAGUUUCACAAGUGCAUGAAGAAGAGAGAGGGAGAGGGAGUGGAGGAGAAGGGCUUCUUCACUAAGAUCAAAGAUGCUGUUUCAGACACUUUCACUUCGCUGUUUGCUGGACCAGUGGACAAGCGGACCAGGCCUGGUAACUUGGAUCUGGAGACGGAGGAGUUUGAACCUACAGAGUUUGAGCUCUGUGCUGACAACCAAACGGCUUUGGUUCUGGCUAAGAAAAGGAUUGAGAAGCUGAUUUUGGAUGAGCAGGCAGAGAAAACCAUCCAAGACCAGUACAUCAGUCAACUGUCGCAGGAAGACAUGGAUAAGCUGAAGGACCUGCAGAGGAACCUGACUGUGAGCAUCCGUCUGGACAAAGGGCAGAAGGACAAGGAGCCAAAAAUCCACCUGGAGGGUUUGACCAGGGACGUCUCCACCGCUGAGUCUACAAUCAGGGAAAUCAUACAGAGGGUGGAAAGGCAGGAGAACUUAAGAAGUAAGGCCAAACUGGUGAGUUCUCUCGUAGAGUGGCAGUUUCAACACCCCAACGGGAAUAAUGUACCCUUCGACAUUUUCACCAACCUCAAACUGGAGGAGGCUCUGGAGAAAAAAGAAAAACUUGUGAACAUCAAGAUCAACAAUGAAAACUACAAGGCUGAUGUCAAAUUAAGCAGAGCAAUUUCAGCAAAUGGACAUAAAAUGGUGGAGCUACUCAGAAAAGACUUGAAAAACCAUGCUCCUCUGCCGUCAAAUUGGGAAGACAUGAAAGGCGACCUCAUCAAACUGUUUGCUCUGACUGCAGGAAGCAAGGAAUACAAGGAUGUGGAGAUGGAACUAACAAAGACCGGUCUUACGAUAACCAUCAUCAGUAUUGAACGAGUCCAAAGUCCGACACUGUGGCAGAGCUACCAACUGAAGAAGAAACAUAUGGAGAAGAAGAACAAUCACACAAAAAACGAGAGGCAACUUUUUCAUGGUACAGGAGCCGACUCCAUCGAUCUCAUCAACAAAGAUGGCUUCAACCGCAGCUACGCAGGAAAACAUGCUGCGAUGUAUGGCAACGGCACAUACUUCGCUGUGGAUCCAUGCUACUCAGCACAAGGCUACGCUAGGCCAGACACUCAAGGGCAUAAGCGCAUGUACCUGGCCCGGGUCCUGGUCGGAGACUUUACCCAGGGAGCAAGUGGCAUGCUAACCCCACCCGCCAAGAGUGGGAAUACUUCAGAUCUGUAUGACAGCGUUACUGAUAAAAAAUCCCCUCCAUCCAUGUUCAUUGUGUUCAACGACACGCAUGCAUACCCCGAAUAUCUUAUCACAUUUACAUAAACUACUACGAUCCUUUACUGCAACAGCUCUGAGAAAAAUGCACCUUUGUCUAAAGUGUUCCAGUUUCACCGAGCGCUCAACACAAAAAUGUAUACUAAGUUAUAUUUUAAGCUCAAAAUGUAAGGAUUGGAACAAGCAACUUUUGGCUUAUUGAUACACAGAUUAUCAGGUAGUGUUGUAGUACUCGAAAUCGGUCUCUAGACCACUUCUUGAAGGUCUAGUCUCGGAAUUGAAAGCAUUUUCACUCUGUCUUGUCUCAGCCUCAGACUGGGUGGACUCCAGAUUUUAAAUCAAGACCGGUCAAGACCACCACUGAGAGGCUAUUUUCCCACAUCAUUACUGUGAUUAGAAGAAAAACGUCUCUUUCUAAAAUAAAUUAAUAACUUCAAUUCAUUUGUAGUUUGAUUUUUUUUCCCACCUGGUUACGGCCGUAACCUUCAAGGUGUUGAAGACUAAAUGAGUGACACGCCUGCUGCACACAAGAUGAUAAUUUUUCAGUGAUAUUUAUGGUCUCGGCCUCGCCCUGCCUUGGUCUUGACUCACUCUCGAUCCCUAAAGGUCUUGGUCUGGACUCGAUCUCGGAGCACUCUGAUCUUGGGUCCUCUUUGUACUUUUGGUUUUACUUUUAAAUAAACUCUGAAAAACUUCAACUA